AAGAAUUACAAUUAAUCCAAAUAUAAACACCAGUCAUCCCUUCAACAAAGAAACUCUACAAAUAGCAAAACCAUAGUGGAAAUAUAACAAGCAGUCCCUCUUUCAUUUCCUCCAAACCGAAGUAUUUGCCCAUUAUCUCUCUCAUGGCUUCCACUUCUAAUAACAAUAUCACCACCACCAUGCACCACAGCCCACCCUCCUAUGGAUCUGACCCGUCCUCGCCUAACACCACCUUCGUCCAAGCUGACCCGGCCACCUUCCGAACCAUUGUCCAAAAACUCACUGGAGCGCCCGACGACCUAUCAACCCAAAAGCUCCCAAUCACCCACCCAAAUCGACCCUCUGCAAUUCCAGGCCCUAAAAGACCUGCAUUCAAGCUUCAUGAAAGGAGACAAAGCGCCAAGAACCUGCAAAUCAACCUUAACAGCAAUUCUACCAUCAACAACAGCUUCGAGCAUCCUGACCUCUUCCAGUUUAGACAGCGAGCUGGUUUCUUGGUGUCGCCGGUGUCAACUUUGGACUUUUUUGGUGCGCGCACGAGCCCUAAGUCACCCUGCGAAGAGUUUUGUUCCCGUGGGAGUCCUAGAGAUGAGGAAGAGAGAGCCAUUGCUGAAAAAGGGUUUUAUCUGCAUCCAAGCCCCUUGAGUACUCCAAGAGGAGCAGAGCCUCCUGAGUUGUUGCCUCUAUUCCCUUUGCAUUCUCCUAGAGACGACAAUGAGGAUCGAGAUGGUGAGGAUGAUGAUGAUGAUCGUAAUUCUUGUUCUUGAAUUAGGAGUCUGCUACUAAUCUAGGAUGCUAAUUAUUGAAUAUUAUAAUUUGUUAAACGUUCUCUUAAUUUUGAUGGAAAUGUUAAUUAUCUUAGUUAACUGUUAA